CCAUUCAGUGCAGACAGGAAAUCACGUUGACCCGACCCGAUAGGAAUUAAAGCUGAAAAAGCUUCGAAGCUCCCAAUCGGAAGCGUCCAGCAAGUGGUGGUGGUGGUGCACUGGUGGUGAUGAUCUCUCAGUUCUUCGUCCUCUCGCAAAGAGGCGAUAACAUCGUCUUUCGCGACUAUCGUGGUGAUGUGCAAAAAGGGAGUGCAGAGAUUUUCUUCCGCAAAGUAAAGUUUUGGAGUGAAGAUGCCGAAGAGGAGGCUCCACCUGUCUUUAACGUGGACGGUGUAAACUACUUCCAUGUUAAGGUGGUUGGUCUGCUGUUUGUUGCGACCAUGAGAACAAAUACCUCGCCUUCUCUGGUUUUGGAGCUUUUACAGAGGAUUGCGCGUGUCAUCAAAGAUUAUCUUGGUGUGCUUAGUGAAGAUUCACUGCGCAAAAAUUUUGUUCUCGUCUAUGAGUUGCUUGACGAAGUCAUUGAUUUUGGAUACGUACAAACAACAUCUACUGAAGUGUUGAAGUCUUAUGUAUUUAACGAGCCAAUUGUGGUUGAUGCUGCCCGUUUGCCUCCCCUUGGUCCUGCUUCCUUGUUUAUGCAAGGGAGCAAAAGAAUGCCCGGUACAGCCAUUACAAAGUCUGUGGUGGCAAAUGAACCAGGAGGUCGUAAGAGGGAGGAGAUAUUUGUGGACAUUAUUGAGAAAAUCAGUGUCACUUUUAGCUCUAGCGGAUAUAUAUUAACUUCUGAAAUUGAUGGAACUAUUCAAAUGAAGAGUUAUCUGACUGGAAAUCCAGAAAUCAGAUUAGCUCUUACUGAUGAGCUAACCAUUGGAAGAGGCGGGAGGUCAAUAUAUGAUUAUGGGGGUUCGUCAGGUUCAGGUGCUGUAAUACUGGAUGACUGCAAUUUCCAUGAGUCUGUACAUCUGGAUAGUUUUGAUGUGGACAGGACCCUAAGUCUGGUUCCACCGGACGGUGAAUUUCCAGUCAUGAAUUACCGUAUAACUCAGGAAUUUAAGCCUCCUUUCCGUAUUAACACAUUAAUUGAAGAAGCUGGACAGCUUAGGGCUGAAGUUAUGUUGAAAAUCCGUGCUGAGUUUCCUUCAAGCAUUACUGCAAAUACAAUUGUAGUGCAGAUGCCAUUGCCUAAAUACACCACAAGAGUUAGUUUUGAGUUGGAACCUGGAGCCGUUGGACAGACAACUGAUUUCAAGGAAUCAAAUAGGAGACUGGAGUGGAGUUUGAAGAAGAUCAUCGGUGGAUCAGAACAUACACUGCGUGCUAAGCUGACUUUUUCGCAAGAAUUACAUGGGAAUAUCACAAAGGAGGCUGGACCUGUGAGCAUGACCUUCACCGUACCAAUGUACAAUCCUUCUAGGCUCCAGGUGAAAUACUUGCAGAUAGCCAAAAAAUCCAAAACUUACAAUCCGUAUAGAUGGGUGAGAUACGUAACCCAGGCUAAUUCCUAUGUUGCUCGCAUAUGAUAGAAGAGCCCUUGUCUGAGACGUAAUUUUUCGUUCUUGUUAUUAUCCUUUCUGCUUCUCAAUUUCCGUGUAAUUGUGAUAGAGAGUCGAUCAUAUGAUACUGGAGUGAGUGAUUUUUCACUUCUUUCUGGUAUUUGCACUCUUCAGUUAGGUCUCUAGUAGCAACUAUAUAUUUUUAGUGGGUGAAUCGGAGCGCAGGAAAUUAAAUAGGGAAUGCGAAUAUCAAUUCCCUAUCUUAAACUUAAAGUGGCCUGGGAUUAAUCACUGUGCAAUUUAUGAAUAUGAAGCAGCUUAUAA